AUGAAUGUUUUCAGAGCGGGUGAUGUCUUUGAGCGGAGAUUAGUCAAAGUCAUGUACAACUGCUAUCAUGAACCGAAGGUACACGACCACCAGCUGUACCAUUCACUCAACAGUGCCAACAUUUUUGGUCUAUUGCCACUCGGAUUCAUCGGAAUCGCUUUCAACGCAUGUGCACUAAUAUGCCUUUACCGACCGCCGAAGAUCACCUCCGGGGUGUUCGUCUUCCUCAAAGCGGUCCUCAUUUUGGAUCAUUGUCAACUUGUGGCAACGAUUUUAUAUGCAUUACUACCACAGUUUUGCGAUAGCCAAUUCGCACCCGAGCACACCUUUUAUGGGGUUUGCAUGCUGGAGCGGCGAUUUCUACGAGAAACAUUACCAAAAGUGGUAAUGCUAAUCAAUACGUUUCACGUGUGGACGAUCGCCGCUCUCUCCGCACAUCGAUAUUGGAAAAUAUCGAGGCCGGUGAAGUCACGAAUGAACGACACGCCAAAACGAGCGAGAUUCAUCCUGGCUGGCCUGUUUCUAGUUGCCACCAUUUAUCGAUUACCAGUGUUCAUCUUGGAGCUUCGAAUGAAAUGGUCACCGGUUUUUCGAAUCACCACAAAUCCACAUUUCACCGAGGUGAUCACUCCAUAUCGAAUGAUCUACCAUUCACUUCUCGAUCCACUUCUAUCCAAUGUGGUUCCAUUCAUUUGGAUGGCUUUAUUCUCGUUGAUGACUCUUCAUGAAGUAUUGCGAAGUCGGCACUUCAAUUAUAAAUUGAUUGCAACGGAGAUCGGGGGACGAACGGCUUGCAAUGCUUGCCGAAUCCAAUUCCCGUUGUUGCCGGCUCGUCGCAAGUCCGAUGUUUUCCGUCAAAAACAAGAGCAUCGAGCGACAAUCUCGAUCAUUUUGAUGAUUCUAUUCUAUCUGGCGUUCCAUUCUCUUCAAUUGUACACAAUCUUCCGAAAAUGGCAUCUGAUACUCAACGAUGAGUGCCCAGCGAGAAUCGAUUACAUUUUGACGCAAGUCUCGGUUUGGUUAUCGCUCGCCUCAGCCACCGUCAACGCCUUCGUCUUUAUUGCUUUCACAAAUAAGCUUCGAAAGUACGUGAAGACGCUGAUUCGGAAGACGUCGCGGACACUCUCCAACUCGAGCGAUCCUCCACUUUCCCCUAAAACCACCACCACUAUUGUCGUACAUCAAAGUUCCGAUAAUCCGUUUAGUAUC